UUCAGUUCGUCGUUAUAUUUAGAGCUGAUUAAAGCUCACAGUUAAUUUAGUGUGUUUCUGUUCAAAAACGCGAGUUUCACGAUGUCUGAAUCCAAAAAAUUAGUGUUAAGACCGAUACACAAUGCUAUUGAAAUGGACAAUUUGGACGAAGUAGAAUCGGCGUUGAAAAGUGGUAUCGAUCCAAAUACGACUGAUGACUCUGGCAAGACAGCUCUAAAUUACAUAUGUAAUCUACCUAAAAUUACGAAAACCCAUUGGAAAAUGGCUCAAAGUCUCAUACAUUAUAAUGCUGACGUCAACAUCAGAGAUGACAACGAUAACAGUCCGAUAAUGAACUUGUUUGAUGAAAAGCGUAAUUAUAAAUUACGUAAGAAAGUGUUUGAUUUAUUAUUGGAGAAUGGAGCCGAUGUCACAAUCGUAAACGACGAUGGCGAUACCGUACUGCACAUAAUUCUUCAAUGUGGUCACCUUUUCCCAAACAUGACAGAAGAAGUUGAAAAGCUGUUGAAACGCGGAGUCGAUGUAAACAUCAAAAAUAUAAAUGAUAUUUCUGUACUUCACUCUGCGGUUUCAUAUUCUGCGAAUCUCAAAGCGGUUGAGCUGCUUUUGAAAAAUGGUGCUGACCCGAAUGUCUGCGACGCAGAAGGAAAAACACCCUUAAAUAGGCUCUGUAUCGAAAAAUUAUUGACAAAGAAUGAUUUCAAAAUGAUUCAACUUCUCAUCCAAUACAAAGCCGACGUUAAUUCCAAAGAUAUUGACGAUACGAGUGCUAUAAUGAACCUCUUUGAGCCUUGCUACCAGUACAAUGCUAAAUUGUUGUGGAAAGUUUUCAAGUUAUUAAUAUGUAACGACGCCGAUGUCACAAUCGCAAACAAGAAUGGUGGAAACUUAUUGCACGGAGUACUUCCUUAUGGAUCAUUUUUUCCAUAUUUAGCAGAAGUCAUUGAAAUACUAUUGAACAAAGGUGUUGAUCCAAGUAAGGCCGAUCAAGAUGGCAACGCACCCUUGAAUUAUAUAUUUCGUUUUGGCGAUGUUGAAGUACAAAAAUAUACUUUGAAGAGAUCCGAUUUAGAGACAUAUUUGAAAGUACUGAUAUUUUUGGCGAAAAACAAUGCCGAUCUUUCACACAUCGGCAAUGAUGGCAAAACUGUAUUGCACUCACUGGUUAUCAAGCUAAGCUCAUAUCUUCAAAGACUCUAUGACUGUUACUAUGAAGAGAAUGGUCAACUAAUUUUGGAAUACAUGCAUAAGUACAUUGACAUUCUUCUAUGCCAUGGACUAGACGUCAAUGUUCAAGAUCGAGAUGGAUUUACCCCACUCAACUAUGCGAUGUUGCACGGCAACUACGACAUUGCCAAAUUUCUUUUGUAUCGCGGAGCUGACGGAUCCACUGUGCAAUACAAAGGCGGAUAUUUCGAGGCUGAAAAUCGUAUCUUACGAAAUCUACAUAUAAUUGAUAACAUACAUAAUAUGCUAAGUGUUAUCCACCAUUUGGAUAAUGAAGGUUUUCAAAUGAUGAAUCAUCAACGUUUAUCACUGUGCCAAUUUUUGAUUGGAUUCGAUUUUCCUUUGGAGGCAAAUCCUCGUUACUUAACAAACGUUUUGAACUUAGGCUCUGAUUCUACAAUAAGAAGCUUCUUUGAAAAACUAUUUUGUAACUUUCCGGACCUUAUCAAUGCACCAAACCAAUGCACCGAACCAAAUCAAUGCACAGUGGAUCAUAGAACUGCAGCAUGCUAUUAUAUUUAUCGAUAUCUUUUCAUGGUAGAAUAUGUAAAAAUGUACAUAGAUAUUGAAACAAACAAUUUUUUGCGGGAUAUUUUAAUUUUGCUUGAUUCCAAUAAUUAUGAAAUAUGUAAAACUUUUAUGGAACAUGUAGAUUAUAGCGUUGUAGGACAAAUUGAGUUAGCUAAAACCACGAUGAUAGGCAAUAACAUUUCACUUUUAGAUCUUUGCACUUCUAGUCCUGAGGAAACGUAUCCCUUAUUAAUGAAUAAUGAUUAUGAAUUGGUAUUCGAGUUAGUAAAUUCGAAAGGUUUCAGGAAAAAUUUUUGUGAAAUCGGAGAAAUUAUUAAAGGUUGCAUCAUUAAAAGUUUAAGUCAUCAAUUUACGUCCAAAUCGCUUGGAAUAUUCUCUCAGGGUAAACUACCCAAUGAAUAUUGCAAUAAAAUCAUCAAGUUUUUAAAAGAUGAAGAUUUGGUGUGUGCUUAUAAAUUAUUUAUGAAGGAAUCUUAAUCCAAUGCUCAUAUUUAUAUGUAUACAUUGUUUAUGAUCGUUGUAACCAACAAGUAAAAUAAAAAUAUCGCAUUGAUUAAAAUUUUUAUAAAUAUAAUUAUUAGUUUAUAUCUACUAUGUAUGAAGUUGAUUAUGCGUGAACUAUCUCAUAAAAAAUUUUUAAAAUUUUGUAAGAACGUAUAACAAUUUCAUUGACUGAAAUAGUAAAAAUCGACUUAUAAAUAUAGUUGUUAUAAAAUCUA